CCUCAGUUUCCGCGUUUGUGAGAUGAGCUGGCUGAAGGUGACUUCAGCGGUCACAGGGUCAGCCUGACCCCACGCCAGGACGCGGGUCCCCACUCAGGGAGACAAACAGGGAACCCAUGGAGGUGCCGCGCAAUGGGCGAUCACCGUGUCAGGGGGACACUGAGAGGACGCACGAGCCCUCAGUUUCCCCCUCUGUAAUAUAGAGGCGGGACGGGAUCUCUGAGACAGCGCCCUCGUAACACCGGCCCCGCCCCCAAGGCGGUGAGAGGCGGAGUUUCUCUGGCCCUUCGCGCGACCCGUAGCUGCGUCUGCGCACUGAGGAUCAGGGACCUGACGGUUUGCCUGCGCCAUGGAGCCCGACGGGACCUACGAGCCGGGUUUUGUAGGAAUCCGCUUCUGCCAGGAGUGUAACAACAUGCUGUAUCCCAAGGAGGACAAGGAGAACCGCAUCCUUCUGUAUGCGUGUCGCAACUGUGACUACCAGCAGGAAGCUGAUAACAGCUGCAUCUACGUGAACAAGAUCACGCACGAGCGAGCUGACCCAGAUCAUCGCAGACGUGUCGCAAGACCCCACGCUUCCCAGGACCGAGGACCACCCCUGCCAGAAGUGCGGCCACAAGGAGGCAGUGUUCUUCCAGUCCCACAGCGCGCGGGCGGAGGACGCCAUGAGGCUCUAUUACGUGUGCACCGCCCCCCACUGUGGCCAUCGCUGGACCGAGUGACCCGGGCCCGCGCCGCCUUCGCCUGCACGCGGUUUCCUAAUAAAAGCAUUUUAUUUUUGGCUUUUUGGCCUCCGGGCUGCUCUGUGGGGGGAGGGGUGUGCGGCUGGGGGCCGGCCUUCUCAGGGGUAGCCGGGGCCCAGGGUUGAGGGCCGGCCGGGGUGCAG